AUGGGUUUAUUUAAUAAGAAGAAGAAGCAGAAGAGGGGGGAAGAAGAAGAGAGAGCGAUGUCCUCCAAUUCUAACGCAGUAGCGAACGGGUUAGCAGGAGCAGGAGGCGGUAUUGUUGCUCAAAUCAUCACUUAUCCCCUCCAAACAGUGAAUACGCGCCAGCAAACUGAGAGAAUAGACAAGAAGAAGAAGCAACCUCAAACCCCUUCCAAACGCUCUGGCACAACCACAGGCACUCUUCUUCAAAUCCUCCAGGUCGUUAGAAGCGAAGGUUGGGGUGGACUAUACAGCGGCCUCAGGCCUUCUUUGCUUGGAACUGCCGCUUCUCAGGGCAUUUACUACUACUUUUAUCAAGUCUUCAAAAACAAGGCCGUGUCCAUUGCAGCUGUACGCAAAGCCAGGGGACUGGGAGAUGGUACUGUUGGCAUGUUUUCUUGGCUUGUUGUGGCUGCCAUUGCUGGGUCCUUGAAUGUCUUGUUGACAAACCCGAUAUGGGUUCUUGUAACACGUAUGCAGACACAAACUCAAGCAGAAAGAAAAAUUAUUGAGGGAAAGAAACAAGCUUUAUUGAGCGAAGCUUCUGAAAGAAGCUCAAUAGAUUCAACUUUGGAAGAGAAGUUAGCUGAACUUGAUUCCAUAAAACCUCAUCCGUAUGGAACUUUACAAGCGGCACGUGAAGUUUACAGCGAAGCAGGAAUCACUGGAUUUUGGAAAGGCAUCAUCCCUACCCUCAUUAUGGUGUGCAAUCCAUCAAUCCAGUUCAUGAUUUAUGAGAGUUCAUCAAAGCAUCUAAGGGCUAAACGCUCUGCUAACAAGCAGGGGUAUAAAAAUGUGACUGCUCUAGAGGUCUUUUUACUAGGAGCUUUGGCAAAAUUGGGAGCAACUGUCUCAACAUAUCCCCUAUUGGUUGUAAAGUCGAGGCUUCAAGCAAAACAGGAGAUUGGUGGAAAUAACCUCUUAAGAUACUCAGUAAGUUUACGUGAACGAACACUUUUUAUCAUGCUAGCAUGCAUACUGAUAAAGUGGCAAGACUUGGAAAAGAGAUAGCAUUUCAAAGAUUUUAGAUAAGGCAUGUCUUGGAGUUGAAUGAGAAGGAUAUGCGAUACUCAGUGAGCUCAAAUUUUAUGGAGUGAAAUAAAAGGUGGUAUUUAUAGUAUAGUAGAAGUGGUUUUCUCUAAGAAGAAAGUUGUGCUUGACUAACAGGAAGAUGACUAGUGGAAUUGGUAAAGGAGGAGCUUCUUGACUUUCUAGAAAAAUCUUAUCCGAGUUUAAAUUCUCUUUAAAAUAUCUCAUAAAAUUAUACAAUUUAAGGACUUUGCUAGAAAUGGCUCAAAUUACUCCUAUUUGGAGAAAAAUAACUAGUAAUUAUGAUAAAAAUAAAUGUUUGAGGUAAAUAAUAACUUUUACAUGUAUUUAACUAGUUAGUUUUGGACUGGCAUAUCAGUUCUGGUACAAUUAACAACCAAAUUUGCUUCUUUCUAGUGACAUGGUUAAUUCACA